UGCUGUUGCUGAUGCUGUUGCCCGGCGCCUGCAUCCACAGAGCCAUACGCGGGUAACCACAGUCAGUCAUCCACCUCCAGCAGCAGAGACCGCAGGAACAGAAGGGGGAGUGAGAAGGAGCUUCGGUUUCCCUGGAGAGUUACAUCCGCAGUGACAAGAUGACUCUGGCAGCCUAUAAAGAGAAGGUCAAAGAGCUCCCCCUGGUGUCUCUGUUCUGCUCCUGCCUGAAACCACAGACUGCAGAAAACACCACUUACAAAGCAGAAGAUGCCGUGGACCUGGGCUGGUGUGUCAUGAAAGACGUGGAGGUGAUAGAGCUGAACAAGCGGACAUCGGGCCAGGCCUUUGAGGUCAUCCUCAAGCCUCCAUCCUUUGAUGGCCUGCCAGAGCUCAACACCUCCAUGCCGCAGCGCCGCGACCCGUCCCUGGAGGAGAUCCAAAAGAAGCUGGAGGCUGCCGAGGAGAGACGAAAGAUCCAGGAAGCUGAGCUGCUGAAGCACUUGGCAGAGAAGAGAGAGCACGAGCGUGAGGUGAUCCAGAAGGCCUUUGAGGAGAACAACAACUUCAUCAAGAAUGCUAAGGAGAAGCUGGAGCAGAAGAUGGAGGCGAACAAGGAGAACAGGGAGGCCCUUCUGGCGGCCAUGUUGGAGAGGCUGCAGGAGAAGGAUAAACACGCAGAGGAAGUGAGGAAGAACAAGGAAAUGAAGGAGGAGGCGUGCCGAUAGACCCGACAGAGCCAGAGGAGAGAGACAAAAGUGGAGGGAAUCAAGGCAGCGGUGGGGGGGGGGGGAGAAGGAAAAAGACAAAAAAAAGGACUUAACAGCGACUUGAAUGAGCUUAAAAGAAAAGCUUUUAACUUUAACGUGUGCUGUGAGACUUAAACGCUGUACAAAGUUUAGCCAAUGCUUGAUGUAGAUUUCUUUCGUUCUCUAAGGUAAACUGGAUGAUGGCAGGCUGGUGGGGUGGGCGACUGGACACAAUCAAGUAUUCAACACCUAUGAUGUCUUCUUUGUUGCAGGGCGAAAGAAACAACAAGCUAUAGCUCUUUCUUCUUCAUUGUUUCUGUGAGAAAGCAAUGCAUUUAAAUACCUGAGUUAAACUUAAACGCCGGGUUUAAAUUCUCUCAUCACCGAAUGUUAGUUUGGCAGCAACACAGACAGACUCAAAUAGUUUCCAAUAAGACUACAACUCUGGAACAUGCAGCUUUAAUUUCAACUGUUAGCUCGGUAAACAUGAAUAAUGUUCUGCGAACAGGACUUGAAGGACGAAGAAGAAAAAAAAACACAGCCUUGUUCUACCACAAUGAAAAGAGAGCCAAACGGCGUUUUGUGGUUAGGAGUCACCCAGAAUUUCAAGAGUUUGUAAUGAAUGUUUUUGCUUUUGUUUCUUCCAACAGUGUUUGUGGAUUAAGGGGUAAAAAAAAAAAAAAGGAUUAAAAAGUGAAAGGUUUGUCUGAUGUGUUUUGCCAUUUUCAGGCUUCUGAGAAACUUUAGUUGUAGGGUAGCACUGGAUAUUCAUUUGAGAUUUAGAGCACUGACUGCACUCUUUUGUCAUCAAGCACAACUCAAAAGCACAUAUGCAUACCAGAGUUAUCACAUACAGUGAAGUAAACCUGAACCAGGAAGACGCGAAGAGGCGGUCGGCCUCGGUUCACUAUCUGUUCCGAUUCUACGGGUUGGAUGGCUGAGCAGCAGGCUCUGUCCGCUUGGCCUGUGCCGCUGUGCUCGGAUUGUUUCUUUGUCAUUUGGAAGGGAACUAAAACCGAAACGAAUGUGCAGAAAGCUGAAAUGUGCCCGAACAUUUGAGUCAUACUGACUUUAUCCUGGCUUGAUUUAAAACGUCUAAAUGUUUGUACUGUAACUGGAGGAAGGGGGGGGGGGGGGGGGGGGGGGGGGUUGGACUUGCUGUAACUGUGUGUUGCUGUGUAUCUCAAAGGGUGGACUGAUUGUAUUUAUUUGGCAUGAUUAGUAAAGAAAAACAGCUGAACUGAA